GAAGAAGACAACCUGAUGACUGAUGAUGCAGGCAGUGAUGAGAAGGAAACUGGCACUAUUUGGACACACGUACAUGUAAGUAGGAUGGACAACAACAGGGAAAUAAAAAAAGUGUGCUGUUGGGAAAAAUUGAAGGAACCGGAAGUAGAAGAAGACCUAACAGAGAAUGGCUUGACUACAUACGAGGUUGGUGCCAGAAAGAUGUGGCACUUCGUGAGCAUCUUGGCACAAGGCAGAGGAAAUUGGAAACAAAUUAUGAAAUCUGCAGUGGACACCUAUGGACUAUCUGCCUAUAGAACAUAAUAUAUUUUUUUCCUUUUAAAGCAGUGUUACUGACAAUUCUUGUUGUUUUUUUGUUUGUUAAUAGUGCUUGUGCAGCACUGCCAAUGCAGCAUCACCAACUAAUUAGAAAUUAUAUAACAUUGAGGGAAGCAAAGGAAAGCUGUAAUGUUUUCGUCUGUUGCUUAUUUUAACCAAGACAUCAUUUAGCUGCUAAUCGAUGACAUCACGCUGGCAGAAUGUGUGAAACCUUGCCAUUGUCAAUGAUCCCAAGCUUUCAUUCUCUUUCCACAUAUCUCAAUGCUACGGGAUCUCAUACUUCCAUCUUGGCAACAUCGACCGCAUAUGCCAUUUUCUUACCCCAGCUGCUGCUGCUGCUGCAGCUGAGCCUCUCAUCCAUGCCUUCAUCACACUCCGGCUCGACUAUUGCAACUCUCACCUCUACGGCCUCUCCAAAUCCCUCAUCUCCAAGUUUCAGAUCGCAAAGGUCACUGGAGGAGCCACAGAGGGAGAGUGAACAACGAUUGCUCAUUGCUAAGGUACAGAGGCUUCAACAGUGAUGCUCGGAGGGGUGGCGUCAGGUCGUUUGGAGGAGCCGUGCCUCAUGCACACGUGGAGGGCAUGGGCAUCAUCCACAUCCUCCUGGAGGCUGAGCCCCCCAAGUUGCUGUGUAUGCGAUCCCUGGGCGAGCCACUGACCGAGGCCUCCAUGAUGACCUUGUUCACUGACUUGGCCACCAAGGAGAUGGUACACAUCGUCUCCUGGGCCAAGAAGAUUCCUGGAUUCAUGGAGCUGGAUCUGCCAGUUAAGACGCAGCUCCUGGAGAACUCCUGGCUCGAAGUACUCAUCACUGGACUCAUUUGGAGAUCCAUGGAACAACAGGACACUCUGGUCUUUGCUUCGGACCUUGUGUUUACAAGGGCUGACGGCAGCCGUAUGGAAGGCACCAUGGAAAUCUUCGACCAGCUGCUGGCUAUCGUGACCCAUUUCCGUGAGCUGUGCUUUCGGAUGGAGGAGUACACCUGUCUCAAGGCUAUGGUCCUCCUCAAUGUUGGUCUGUGCUCAGACUGGAUGUUGACCGAGCAGCCAGAUGCAAUCAAGGCGGUCUGCAAGAUAAUGGACACUGUCAGCAACGCGCUGGUCAGUUUCUUGGAGCACAGCUGUCUGUCGGAGGGGCAGCAGUUCCACCGGUUAACGCGGCUGCUCAUGCUUCUCUCCCACAUCCACCAGAUCAGCUACAGAGCCUCUAACAAGGGGAUCCAACAUCUGACCAUCAUGAAGAUGAAACACAUGAUCCCACUACGCACGCUGCUCACCGAUAUGCUGGAGGGAGCCCAGGUCAAGUGAGCUAAAGUGGGCACCGCUUAGAUACCUGGCACCCUUCACGUGUACGGCAAACCUGGCGUACUCCUCACAAAGACGGCCACACCAAACAAACGCACGGAGUGUACAGCAGCGAUAAGGUUAUGUAGUAUCGUACGGUAUUGUGCUGGUUGAAGUAUGCAGAGUUAGCCACGGAAUAUUGCGUAAUUUAGUAGCAUCGAGUCUGUAUUGUCCGAAGCUGUACGGUGUCAUUUUCAUGAAAAAGGGGUGCGUGGCACAGUAAAAUGAGCAUGGUUGUGGAUGGUCGUAUUAUUUGCAAGUAAGAUUUCCAUUGCAUAACGGUGCAGCAUUUUAAGUGUUGUCACAGUGGUGUAGUGCAGUACUGUCCCCAAUACUCUCAUGUAACGGCAGUGAGAUGCAUUAUGUCAUGUUAUCGGCAACCGAGUGCUCUCCAGUACAAAGGCAGGCGACUUACACUACAAAGUACAAACGUCGCUCUGCCUAUGUCCUGGGUAAGUGGACACAAUCCCAACUCGGAACACGUGCCUCAUUCAUGCACGGUGCAGACUUCUAAAACUCAGUACCGCGCUGAAGUUUGUUCACCGUUUUGGCCACGUUCACACACGUUAAUAAACACAAACCCUGCCCACGUGCGUUGUUUUGCAAACCGUCGCAUGUAAUUUGUGAAGUGGCAGAGCUGCCUUUAUGCACUAAAUUACAAGAAAAAGUCAAAUGUUGGGCGGCCCUCAACGGCAUCGGAGGCCCCAAGUCAAUGGUGGUGGGCGCAGCCCUCCGUAGGACAACUGUUUGAUACAACUCAAGCGACACACAAAUACAACGCAGUAUCAGAAAUAUUGGUUUAAGCUUCACCCUCAACAGGAAGCAGAUUUCGUGGUUUACACACGAUUGGAAUCACAUUUUGAGUAGUACGAGGCUUAAAUCCGCUUUCUACAUUGGGUUGAGCCUGCUCUAAUGCUUGAAUCCAGCCCUCGGGCAAUAACUUUUAGAGGCCCAAAUGCUAAGUGUUUAAUCUUCAUAUUUUUCUAAAUAUCAAGAUCAAACAUGACAAUACUAGUGCCGUACUAUUGCCAAAUUUCAGCUAUUUCAGCUAUUCUGGAACAUGAGAAUUUACAUCACUCAAUCGCGAUCAUCUGUAUGUUCAUAUGCAUCUGUAUGUUCACGUACCAUACUAUUUAUGAAUUAUAAACAAAAACCAUGGAGUGUUACACACCCAAUUCUAUGCAUAAAUCUUACGCUGGUAAAUCAAAUUUCAGUUGGUUAAUCGUGAGCUCGUUACACUCCUAUAAUUACUUCUAUAAGGUGCACAAAUCACUUUAAACCUCAAGGUCCCUGUCUCCAACGUGUGGGUGGUUCGACUUGUAUGUCAAGGCUUAGUGAAUGGCCACUCCAACUGUCAAAUGAGAAUGUAAGGGCUUCAACGUGAUGCCUGUCCUCGUGAGCCCGGUUAGAGCAAGCUGCGUGUAUUGGCCUGACAUUUGCUAUUCCCCCUCUGAGUGGCUGAACAAAUUGAGGCAAUGUUUGUGGCAUGACAGUCCGUCCGCCAACAAGACAUACAUUACAUUCGAGCACAUUAAAAUUCAAGCAUAACAUCAAAAGACCAUU